ACAGAUGGCAGCUUCAUCUGCUUGUCUUGUGGGAAAUGGAUUGUCAGUGAAUACAACAACCAAACAGAGGUUAAGUAAAAACUUUUCCAGCAGACAGAUUGGUCUUUCCUCAUCCUUUUCUUCAGUGAUUAGGACAUCUAAGGUUAAUGUAGUGAAGCCUUCUUUGGAUGUGAAGAAGAAACAUGAUGGAAGAAGAGAUUUUCUUAAGAUCUUGUUAGGAAAUGCCGGGGUCGGUUUGGUUGCAAGUGGGAAAGCAAAUGCAGAGGAACAAGCGGUUUCGUCGUCUAGGAUGUCGUAUUCUAGGUUUCUAGAGUAUUUGGAUAAGGAUAGGGUGAAUAAAGUUGAUUUGUAUGAGAAUGGGACUAUAGCUAUUGUGGAAGCUGUUUCUCCUGAGUUGGGUAACCGGGUUGAGCGUGUUCGUGUUCAGCUACCGGGAUUAAGUCAGGAGCUUCUCCAGAAGCUUAGGGCCAAGAAUAUUGAUUUUGCAGCACAUAAUGCUCAGGAAGACCAAGGUUCUGUGUUAUUCAACUUGAUUGGUAAUCUUGCUUUCCCAUUGCUUUUGAUUGGUGGUUUGUUCCUACUUUCGAGACGCUCUGGUGGUGGAAUGGGUGGACCUGGAGGUCCUGGUAACCCACUUCAGUUUGGUCAGUCCAAAGCAAAGUUCCAAAUGGAACCAAACACUGGCGUAACGUUUGAUGAUGUUGCUGGAGUUGAUGAAGCAAAGCAAGAUUUUAUGGAAGUGGUGGAGUUUCUGAAGAAACCCGAGAGAUUCACUGCGGUUGGUGCCAAGAUCCCAAAAGGUGUUCUCCUUAUUGGUCCUCCUGGUACCGGGAAAACCCUUUUGGCAAAAGCCAUUGCUGGUGAAGCUGGUGUACCUUUCUUCUCCAUCUCUGGUUCUGAGUUUGUUGAGAUGUUUGUCGGUGUUGGUGCCUCAAGAGUCCGUGAUCUUUUCAAGAAAGCCAAAGAGAACGCUCCUUGCAUUGUCUUUGUAGAUGAAAUAGAUGCUGUUGGUAGGCAAAGAGGAACCGGAAUUGGUGGAGGUAAUGAUGAAAGAGAACAGACCCUCAAUCAGCUCCUAACUGAGAUGGAUGGUUUUGAAGGUAACACUGGUGUUAUCGUAGUUGCUGCAACCAAUAGAGCAGACAUUCUUGAUUCUGCUUUGUUGAGGCCAGGACGGUUUGACCGGCAGGUAAGUGUUGACGUUCCAGACGUUAAGGGGAGAACAGAUAUCCUCAAGGUUCAUGCCGGUAAUAAGAAGUUCGACAAUGAUGUCUCACUUGAAAUAAUAGCAAUGAGAACACCCGGAUUUAGCGGAGCAGAUCUCGCUAACCUCUUGAAUGAAGCUGCUAUAUUGGCCGGAAGGCGAGCACGGACAUCGAUAUCAUCUAAAGAGAUUGAUGACUCCAUUGAUAGAAUCGUUGCUGGCAUGGAAGGAACAGUGAUGACCGAUGGCAAGAGCAAAAGCUUGGUAGCUUACCAUGAAGUUGGUCAUGCAGUGUGUGGAACAUUGACUCCAGGACAUGAUGCUGUGCAAAAGGUAACGUUGAUACCAAGAGGCCAAGCAAGAGGUCUGACUUGGUUCAUUCCAUCAGAUGACCCGACACUCAUCUCCAAGCAACAACUCUUUGCAAGAAUUGUCGGUGGACUCGGUGGUAGAGCCGCUGAAGAAAUCAUCUUUGGUGAGCCCGAGGUGACUACUGGUGCAGUUGGUGACUUGCAACAGAUCACCGGUUUGGCUAGACAGAUGGUUACAACAUUUGGAAUGUCUGAUAUUGGACCAUGGUCGUUGAUGGAUUCAUCAGCACAAAGUGAUGUCAUCAUGAGAAUGAUGGCAAGAAACUCCAUGUCUGAGAAGCUUGCAGAAGACAUUGAUUCUGCGGUGAAGAAACUAUCAGACAGUGCAUAUGAGAUAGCUCUAAGCCACAUAAGGAACAAUCGUGAAGCCAUGGAUAAGCUCGUUGAAGUGCUUCUCGAGAAAGAAACAAUUGGCGGUGACGAAUUCAGGGCAAUUCUUUCUGAGUUUACUGAAAUCCCACCAGAAAACCGGGUUCCUUCCUCAACAACAUCAACUCCAGCAUCAGCACCAACACCAGCUUCCGUCUAAGUAAGAGAAUUUGUAUACUUGUGAUACUUAUAAUUUUUCUGUAAAUUUAUCUGUCAAACUUACACUCUAGAAAUGUGAUACUAUCUCAAAAUUUAGUAACAAGUAAAUGUUAAAAUUGAAU